UCAUCAUCAAUACCAGCGCUUCCGGCUUCCCAUCUUUUUCCUCCUUUGCUCCCUUUUUCUUUCGUUCCGAUUUAACGCCUCCGGCUGCGGCAAAUAGCGGAGAGAUCUCGAAUCGUUGCUUCCCGAUUUGGCUUCGGAGACGUGUUUGCGAUCCUUCCGUCGGCGUUGGAGGUGGAGGAGUUGAAGCGAUUAGGAAAGAGGAUAUGGCUUUCAACUUCACAGGCACCCAACAGAAAUGCAAGGCCUGCGACAAGACGGUCUACCUGAUGGACCAGCUGACCGCCGAUGGCGUCGUCUUCCACAAGUCCUGCUUUAAGUGUAACCACUGCAAAGGAACCCUAACGCUAAGUACAUAUUCUUCAAUGGAAGGUGUUUUGUAUUGUAAGCCUCAUUUUGAGCAACUCUUCAAAGAAUCUGGCAACUUCAACAAGAAUUUUCAGUCACCUGCAAAAUCAGCUGAAAAAGCUCCGGAACUGACUAGGUCUCCCAGCAAAGCCGCCAGUAUGUUCUCUGGAACACAAGAAAAAUGUGCCACUUGUGCAAAAACAGCUUAUCCUCUUGAAAAGGUCACUGUGGAAGGACAGGCAUAUCACAAGUCCUGUUUCAAAUGUUCUCAUGGUGGCUGCUCAAUUACCCCCUCCAACUAUGCAGCACUCGAAGGGAUCCUGUACUGCAAGCACCAUUUCUCCCAGCUCUUCAAGGAAAAGGGAAGCUACAACCAUCUCAUCAAGUCUGCUUCUAUCAAGCGUUCGGCAGCAACUGCCCCAGAUCUCUAGUCUUGGUGGAUUUUGCAGCUAUCUAUCAUCUCAAUGGCAAAUAGUUAUCUUUUGCUCUUCUACCUUUGCUGCUUGAUCUGCUAAGACAUUUGAAAUCUCGCUUUCUUUUUUGUCUUUUGCAUUUUCUUUUAUGUGGAAUCUGCAGAACUUAUCCCAGUGAAACUGGUCUUCUAUUUAAUGCAUAUGGUGUUUGAUUUCUCA